UGGCAACCCUCCCCAGCACACAAUAGAGAGCAGCAGCUCGUAGGUUCUGGAGCAGAUGUGGGAGAUCUAGGUUAGCUAACCUAGUGUCUGACGGAUCAGAGAGUGUUUGGCUUCAGAUAAAUGAAUGAAUAGGAAUUGGCAGAUUCAGAUAUCAUCAGCAAAUCACUCCAUGGGGAUACACAGAGAAUCGUGUACCUGUGCUGACCUCCCACUUCUUCUCCCUAAUUCCAUUUUCACUCUCUGGGAAAACAUGACUUAUUGCUUGCCCGAACAGGGUCAUAUAUGGAUUUGUACUGAUUACAGCAGGCGGUAAACCUCUCAGUAAAAUAUAUGUGGAGCGACAUGACUUCUGCUUUAAAUACUGGUUAAUGUAUCAUUAGCUGAAACUGUGGUGGAAUAUAUGUGGAUUGUCCCUGUGGAUGUUUAAAGCAGAGAGAAAGAGCGUGAGAGAAGUAGGACUUGUCCUUUGGGAAUAAGUAGAGCCCCAUCCCUGUAUUAGUUGAAUCCCCCUCCCCCACCGCAGCUGCCUUUAUGCAGGUGGAAAUGGCACCCAAGAACGCCGACUCAGAGGCUAUACGAGUGCUGGACAUGGCAGUGGUGCCCACUAAGGGUCCGAGUGGCAGGAUGAGUGGAGAGAAGGAGGUGGAGGUUUCUGAAGAGUCGGCCAGUGAGGGUUCUGUGGAUCACAUCCCCAAGCGACUAUGGGUUAUGCAUGGAGCUGUCAUGUUUGGUCGUGAGUUCUGCUAUGCCAUGGAAACAGCCCUGGUCACACCUGUGCUGCUGCAGAUAGGUCUUCCAGAGCAGUACUACAGUCUUACAUGGUUCCUUAGCCCUAUUUUGGGUUUAAUCCUCACCCCCCUGAUUGGCUCAGCCAGUGACCGCUGUACGCUCAAAUGGGGUCGAAGAAGGCCCUUCAUCCUGGCUCUCUGUGUAGGAGUGCUGAUAGGCGUGGCACUUUUUCUUAACGGAUCUCUAGUGGGCCUUGCUGUAGGGGAUGUGCCUGGUAACCAGCCCAUCGGAAUAGUUCUCACUGUGCUGGGGGUAGUGGUACUGGACUUUUGUGCUGAUGCAUCAGAGGGACCAAUUAGAGCCUACCUGCUGGAUGUGGCUGAUACAGAAGAGCAGGACAUGGCCCUCAAUAUUCAUGCCUUCUCAGCAGGAUUGGGAGGAGCUGUGGGCUACAUGCUUGGAGGUCUUGACUGGACGAACACUGUUUUGGGUCGUGCCUUCAGGGCCCAAGAGCAGGUUCUCUUUUUCUUUGCAGCCAUCAUCUUCGUCAUUUCUGUGACCCUUCACCUUUUUAGCAUUAAGGAACGUCCCUAUAACCCUCACCAGCAGGAGGCACUUGAUGCAGAGGAUGUGGACAGUUUAUCUUCUGCUCAGUUUAAUGGAGCCCUUUCUUUCCCUCGCCCAAUGGCCCACCUGGACCUUAUCAGCGAGGAAGGACCUUUUGAUACCUUUGAAGACGAACAGUCUGAUAGACAUAUUCAGAUGGAGUUCUUAAACGUACGAAGUAAAAGUGACUCUGUUCUUGCUGCACCAGACACUACUAUUGAACUUGACCCAGACUUGGCUCUGGAUCUUGAUAAUCACUUUUUUAGUGACAUACAGCCAAAUUUAUCUCAUGACUGUGAUGAGGCUGAAAGGCAAUUUGAUCACUGCCAUAACAGCACGUGCCACCCUAGUCUGUGCUCCAAUCCCUCAGUCCAUCAUGUGGAUUCUUGUAAAGAAGAAUGCCCCUUUGCAACUACCAAAGCCAUCAAUGGAGACUACACUGGUGCCAGCAACACAGCAGCUUUCACAACAUGUGCCUCAAGCCACCAUAACAAAUCAGGUGGACGUCAUCUCAACACCAGCACAACAGUGAGAUGCCGACACCCAUCCUUCUACAGGCAACCUUCCUUUACCUUCUCUUACCACGGCCGCGUGGGCUUCCUAAGACCUCGCCGGCGCAUUAACGGCGCACACCCGCUGAAAUCCUCACGUAGCCUCAAUGACCUUGAUGCGCUAACGAAGCGACAGCAGCGACGUAAGCUGCAGCAGAGUGGCAGCGCAUCGUCCGUCCCUGAUGAGGAAGAUGGAGAGAGUGAGGAAGGAGAAAGCGGUACAACAGUAAAGCUGCUGUGGCUCUCCAUGCUGAAGAUGCCUCCACAGCUCUGGCGGCUGUGCAUAUGCCAUCUUCUUACCUGGUUCUCCAUCAUCGCUCAGGCUGUUUUCUACACUGACUUUAUGGGUCAGGUCAUCUAUGAAGGUGACCCAACGGCUGCUGCGAACUCGACCGCUCUUCAGAACUACCAUAAGGGUGUGCAGAUGGGUUGCUGGGGGCUAGUUAUCUAUGCUGCUACUGCUGCCAUCUGCUCAGCUGUGCUUCAGAAGUACCUCGACAAUUACGACCUGAGCAUUAAGAUCAUCUACAUGCUGGGAACCUUGGGCUUUGCUAUAGGCACAGGUGUAAUGGCAGUCUUCCCCAAUGUCUAUGUUGCCAUGAUAUUAAUCAGCACCAUGGGCAUCAUCUCAAUGAGUAUAUCGUACUGUCCUUACGCUCUGCUGGGACAGUAUCACGAAAUCAAAGAGUAUAUUCGCCACAGUCCUGGAAACUCUCGCCGAGGCUUUGGGAUCGACUGUGCCAUCCUGUCCUGCCAGGUCUAUAUUUCUCAGAUUUUAGUGGCUUCAGCUCUUGGUUCCAUGGUGGAAGCUGUGGGCACCGUCCGGGUCAUCCCUAUGGUGGCUUCCGGAGGAUCCUUCCUCGGCUUCCUCUCCGCUGCUUUCCUUGUCAUUUACCCCGACACCCUGGAGGAUGAGGAUGAAGAAAAUGAAGAUGAGCAAGCCAAGUGUGAUCCCCUAGAUGGAGGGAAAGAAAUGGACCCAGGCCGCACUAAAUGUGCAGAGAAAUGCUAAAGUUAAGAACGUAGAAAGUUUACAUUGGAUGCUUAAUAACUGCUAUACACUUCACUUGACUGUGCAGAUUUGGAACAAAUAAAUGUACCGGUUCUACAAAAUAUGCUUUUGAUCUCAGGUGACACUGCCUUAAAUUAGUAGUAGUUUUACUACUAAAGGAGAGGCUGGGCUUUCAGUAGCUGUGCCUGAAGCUCAGCUUGGUGAUUUCGGUGUGUGACUGAUGACAUUAUAUAAGAGUGUUCAGCACACCCCAACAGAAUGUAAAGAAAGAAAAAACAUUUCAUUUUGAGUCGAUUGUGUAGAUUUGCAUAUUUUUCUACACUGUUAUUUAUUUUGAAUGAAGGGUACAGGAAGGUAAAAACCAGUUUCAUCUCAUGUUAAACUCUCAGGUGGGUUUAAUACACUCAAUAACAGUUUCACUUAUUUUAAACUUUGCUGUCUUACUUUACUGUGAUGUUUGCACAUUAACUCUGUCUUUUCACUAUGCUGGAUUACCGUUAGUGCUUGAAAAAGGAGCACUCAGGGGAACUUGUUUGAGCUGCUGCAGCAAAGCAUUACAUGCUUACUUUUCUACUGUCUUAAUUAUGCAAAAACUUUUAAAUAAUCUAAUCUUUGUUUUUGUGUAGAUUUGAGUGACACAUUUUGUUUGCUUGUGAAAUAUAUACUUUAAUAAUUGCAUUAGGUGAACAAUGGAAACCUCAGAGGCCUUAAUAAUGAUAAUUUUAUGUUCUAA